AUGACAACAGCAUCUGCAACCACAACCACAGCUGCUCCAACCACAACAACGGUGGCACCAACAACCACAACUGCUGCUCCAACAACGACAACAGCACCAACCACAACCACAGCUGGCCCAACCACAGCAAUUGCAGCACCAACCACAACAACAACUGCUCCAAAAACAAGAACGGUGGCACCAAAAACAACAACUGCUCCUCCAACAACAACAACUGCUGCUCCAACCACAACCACAGUUGCAGCAAUAACAACAACUGCUGCUCCAACCACAAUCCCUGUGGCACCAACCAAAACAACAGCUGCUCAAACCACAACCACAGCUGAUCCAACCACAACCACUGCAGCACAAACCAGAACAACAACUGCUCCAGCCACAACAGCGGUUGCACCAAACGCCAGAAAUCCUGCUCCAACAACGACAACAGCUGCUCAAACCACAACCAAAGCUGCUCCCAACACAACAACCGUGGCACCAACCACAACAACAGCUACUCCAACAAUGACAACAGCUGCUGCAACCACAACCACAGCUGCUCCAACCACAAUCACUGAAGCAACAACCACAACAACAACUGCUCAAACCACAACAACGAUGGCACCAACAACCACAACUGCUGCUUCAACCACAACCACAGCUGCUACAACCAAAACCAUUGCAGCACCAACCACAACAACACUGCUCUGCUCCAACAACAACAACAUCUGCUCCAAUCACAACCGCUGUGACAACAACCACAACUACAUCUGCUCCAACAACGACAGCAGCUGCACCAACCACAACAACAGCUGCUGCAACCACAACCAAUGCUGCUCCAACCACAACGAUUGCAGCACCAACCACAACAACAACUGCUCCAACCACAACAGCGCGGCAAAUGCUGCUCCAACCACAGCAACAAGUGCACCAACCACAACAACAGUAUCACCAACCACAACAACUGCUGCGCCAACCACCACAAUGGUGGCACCAACCACAACAACUCCUGCUCCACCAUCGACAACAG